AAGUGAAUUAAAAUGAAUACUCAAUCUGUGGUACGUCGUCAUCCGCACAGUUUCUCAAUCGAACAGAUUCUGGCCAAACCCGAAAUUCAAACUCCCAGCCACUUUGUGGAACAAGCGUCCAGUUUCCAAGUGAUCAAAGAUCAUCAUCAAACGCAGUUGAUUCAUAACGAAAGUGGGCGUGGCAGUUGUGAUGAUUCGCGAGUUUCCAGCCCGGCAACAUCGAGUUGCCUUGAGGAUGGCCUGGAUGAUGGCAAAAGUGAUACAGAACUUGCGUCGGAUGAUGGAAGUGCGCACGACGAUCGCAAGAAGCGUCCACGUACCGCAUUCUCGGCUGCACAGAUCAAGGCGCUGGAAACGGAAUUCGAGCGUGGCAAAUAUUUAUCGGUGGCCAAGCGAACGGCUUUGGCCAAGCAGCUGCAGUUAACCGAGACGCAGAUAAAGAUCUGGUUCCAGAAUCGUCGCACCAAGUGGAAACGCAAGUACACCUCGGAUGUGGAGACGCUCGCCUCGCACUAUUAUACCCAGCUGGGCAUGGGUGGCCUGGCUCGUCCCAUGGUCGUUGGGGAUCGCCUUUGGCUGUUUAGCCAAACUCCUGCCGGUCCCACGCCCAUACAAUCCAUCAUGCUGAAUGGCAGUGGCUCCGCACCACCUAUGCGUCCAUAUGGACCGCCGCCAAGUGGAGCCUUGCACGGCGCCAGUGUCAUUGAGAGCGCCAGAAAUGCGAUACUGGCACGUGGACAGCCGCUUAACUUUGCGCUGCCCUUUGGACUGGCCAAGCCAGUGGCAGCAGCUCCUCCUGGAGCAGCGACUGCCACAACGCCAGCUGGCAAUGUGCCGCGCUGCAAAGCCUACACUGGCGGCUUUGUGGACUAUGCACCGCCACAUUCUCACAACGAGGCGUAUCUGCAGCUGAAAUACGCCACGUUGCCACCGGAAACGGAGGCUGCCACCAGCAACGGUCUGGCCGAGCUGGAACGCGUCUUUGGCGAUGCCAAUGCCAACUUUCUGCUGCAGAAAGGCGUGCCAACUACCAACAACAGCACAUCCUGCGGCUAUGGACACGAAGGACUCCAGCAGGCACAACGCAGUCGACGGGCCACACAAUCCGAGUCCGAGUGCAGCGACAUUGACUGUGAGCAGCUGGACGAGGAUGAAGAUGCUGUGGAAUAGCACGCCGAAUGAUUCAAAUAGGUAGAUAGUAGUUAAAGGUAUAACUUUAAAGUUUAUGUUUAUAAUGCACACACAAAAAAUAUGCUCAUAUAAAUACAAUGGUCAUACAGGUG